UUAUCGCGUAAAAAAUAAAUUCCAACAUUACUUUUGUGAAAGUGGGGUGAAAGUAAUUGCCGGAAAAUGAUGAAUUUCACAAAAUUCCCAAAGAUUUUCCACCCACUUGGGCGAUGGGGACCGGAAAAGGUUCGUUUCCUUACAACGACCAAUGUGAAUCAGCAAAAAGCAAAGACAGCAAUUCUCAUGCUAAACAUGGGAGGUCCACAGAAUACUCAGCAGGUGCACGACUACCUCUUGGGCAUUAUGACGGACCGGGAUAUGAUUCAGUUGCCGGUGCAGAGUAAACUGGGCCCGUGGAUUGCCCAGAGGCGCACUGAAGAGGUACAGAAGAAGUAUCAGGAGAUUGGGGGUGGAUCUCCCAUUUUGAAGUGGACCAAUCGUCAAGGGGAGCUUCUGUGCAAACAGCUGGAUAAGGUGGCACCCGAAAGUGCACCACAUCGGCACUAUGUUGCCUUCCGCUAUGUUACACCCACCACUGCAGAAGCCUUGGCUAGGAUUGAAGCUGAUCGUCCUGAGCGCGUUGUUAUCUUUUCGCAGUAUCCCCAGUACAGCUGUGCUACAUCAGGAUCGAGUUUCAAUGCAAUUUUUGAUCACUACCGCAAGCACGAAGCACCCAAAGGGAUCUCCUGGAGUGUCAUUGAUCGCUGGCCGACACAUCCACUCCUGGCGAAGACUUUUGCCGAACGUAUUCGCGAGGAAAUUGCCAAGUUUCCCCCAGAGCGACAAAGGGAUGUUAUCCUCAUGUUCUCAGCACAUUCCCUUCCCCUCAAGGCGGUCAAUCGUGGGGAUUCCUACCCCUCAGAGGUGGGAGCCACAGUUCAUGCUGUAAUGCAGGAGCUCAACUUCUGCAAUCCCCAUGUUCUCGUGUGGCAAUCCAAGGUGGGACCUCUGCCGUGGCUUGAACCCUUCACCGAUGCCGCCCUCAAAGCGUACUCCAAGCAAGGCAAGAAGAACUUCAUCCUCAUUCCCAUUGCCUUCGUGAAUGAGCACAUUGAGACACUCCAUGAGCUGGACAUUGAAUACUGCCACGAAUUGGCAGAGGAGCUAAAGAUUGAACGAAUUGGUCGUGCAGCAGCUCCCAAUGAUCAUCCGAUUUUCAUUGAAGCCCUAACGGACAUUGUGGCGCAGCACCUGAAGAAAGGACCCAAAGUCGCCCCCAAAUUCCUCUCCCGCUGCCCCCACUGUGUCAAUACGAGGUGCCUGGAGAGCAAGCAAUGGUACAGGACGCUCUGUGAAAAGUAAUUUAGUAAUUUUAUUGUGCAAAAUAUCAGUUUUUGUGAUAAAAUCAAUAAAAUAAAAAAGGUUUUGGAACAUGA